AGCUUAUUCACUUUAAUGACCAAAUUUGAGUCAGUCCCAUCAGUGGUCUUAAUAAAGAGAAUUUACUGUAUUUCAGUUAUAUACCACUUCAAGGCGAAAGGGCAAACAAUAUUGCCAUUGGUUGUUGGGGAUACAGUGGUCAUCAGAGAGGAAUCAGAUGAUUGGUAUUUUGGUUAUGCAACAAAGAACAAGUCUGUUGUUGGAAUUUUCCCAAAAAACUAUAUACACCUAAGGGAAGCUACAAUUGUACAGUCAGGAUCAAUAGAGACAAUAAUACCAAAGGAGCCUUCAAUAGCACAAGAGAUAACAUCUGUUGUUAGAGAAUGGUGUUUGUACUGGAAGAAUCAAUAUGUGGAGGAUGAUCCCAAUUUUGACACAGUGCAAGAUAUGAUUCAUGAUCUGCUUAUCUGGAGAAAGGAAAUAACUUCAAGAAAAAUUACUGCUGAACAGUUGAAAGACCUUAAACAGAAAGUUUCUGCUAAAAUUGACCUGGGCAAUGCAUUGUUGAAUUUAGAUUUGGUUGUACGUGAUGAAGAGGGAAAUAUACUGAACCCUGAGAGUGCCAGCGUUGUUCGCAUUUACAGAGAGCAUGUAGAUGUUGCUGAUAGAUUAAAACGCGAGAUG